CUGCAGUGUGUCUGUGUGCCGCAACGAAGGAGUUAAAGUCCAGAAUCCCAUUACGGCUUCUGUUUGUCACACUUGAAUUGAUUUGGACAGGUCACGUGGUUGGAAAUCAGCGUCUGCAGGCUGGAGUUUGUCCGGAAGAUUCAUAGGAGGAAGAUUUCUCCGAGUAGAAAACAUGGAUUUUAUGACAGAUCGGGAUGUGCAGAAGUACCUGGCGGAUGGGUACGUGGUUCUGGACGGGCUGCUGACUCCCCAGGAGUGUGAUGAGCUGAAGCAGAGAAUGGCGGAUAUCGUGGAGGAGAUGGAGGUCCCGCAGCACUGCCGCACCACCUUUUCCACCUACCACGACGAGCAGCUCAAGACACAGGGAAACGCAGACUAUUUCAUCACCAGUGGAGACAAGAUCCGCUUUUUCUUUGAGAAGGGAGUUUUUGACGACAAAGGGGAUUUCAUCGUACCAAAACAGCUGUCUCUCAAUAAAGUCGGACAUGCUCUGCAUGCCUAUGAGCCGUUGUACAAAAAGGUGACACAUUCACCCAAAAUCCAGGACAUGGUGAAGAAGCUGGGCCUUAUCAAUCCUGUGAUACUGCAGAGCAUGUUCAUCUUCAAGCAACCAGGGAAUGGUGGCGAAGUGACGCCACAUCAAGAUGCUACUUUUCUGUACACGGAGCCUCUGGGCAGAGUGAUGGGUCUGUGGAUCGCUCUGGAAGACGCCACGGAGAACAAUGGCUGCCUGUGGUUCAUCCCGGGCUCUCACAACAGUGGAAUAUCUCGGCGUAUGGUGCGUACCCCGAAGGGAACGUAUCCCAUGACAGACUUCAUUGGGCAAGAGCAGAAGUACGAUGAAGAGAAGUUUGUCGUUGCUCCUGUUAAGAAAGGCGGUGUGGUCCUGAUCGACGGGGAGGUGGUGCAUCGCAGUGCUGAGAACACCUCGCAGGAUUCCCGUCACGUCUACACCUUCCACGUCAUGGAGAGCCAGGACACCCGCUGGAGCCCCGACAACUGGUUGCAGCCAACUGAAGAGCUCCCAUUCCCACAGCUCUACACUAAAUGAAGGAUAUUUGGGCCUUUGGUGCUGAAGUUCAUUGAAGGACAGAAAGUCUUUGUAUUCCUGAAGGAAGGACCAACACGUAUGAACUGUUUGUGAAACACAGAUAUGAGCCAUUCCUCUGUCGCUACAGAACAUGCAGGCUGCUUUAAAGCAGUCACAACUAAUGGUGACUAACCCACAGAAGCCCACCAAAUAUUUUUAAAGAGGACAUUUUUAUAAACAAAUAAUUAACAUUUCUAACUUGGAGACAAUACAGCUGACAUUUAGGUCUACUUUUAUUCAGCAACUCCUCACAAACGAAUCAAACCAGUGUCAAAACAAGACGGUAGAUUCCUUUUUAUUUCAUUUUGCAGACAACAGUAAGCAUUGCUAUUUUCAAGUAUGUUCAUGUUAAGAUGAAAUGAAAAACAUGUAUUUUUGACUGAUUAUCAAUCACAACAUUCAAACCAUUUUUUGUCCAUUUUAAAAUUAAACUGUGAAAGCAAAAGGCUAA